GCAUCAGCAUUCAAAAGAGGGUAAGCUUGAAGGAACAACAAAAUUGACCUUUAGAAUGGCCAUGAAACAUGUUGGAUCUUUGCCAACACUGUCAGUGGAAGUCUGAAAUUUGAUUUUUGUAAACAAAGAGCAGUAGACCUGCAUAGGUAACUAGGUUGGCAGACAGCACUGUUACCAUAGAAGGCUGGCAUCACAAACUUGAUGGGUACAACAAAAUGGCGGGUACAUCGUCAAGUCUGGGGGAGCAAAUCCGCGAAGAACUGUCCUGCAUCAUCUGCCUGGAGCUGUUCACCAGGCCCAAGGUGCUGCCCUGUCAGCACACCUUCUGCCAGGAGUGUCUACAACAGCUUGCAGGAAAAAAAAAGACCUUAGAGUGUCCAACAUGUCGUCUGCAAGUGAGGCUGCCAUCCAAAGGGGUUAUAGGUCUACCUGCCAGUUGUAUUGUGGCCAACAUGUGUGAGAGACUGAAAAACCAGACAGAGGGAACAAGGGAUCAACCCCCAUCUGGUAACAGGUGCAGCCUGCAUCCCUUUGAAGUCCUCAAAGUGUACUGUACAGAAUGUCAGGUGCCAGUUUGUGUACAGUGUUUAGAGGGGACUCAUGACGACCAUCGUACGACAACCAUGAAGAAAGCUGCAAAGGAAAGAAGAUCAACAGUCCAGGCCUUGAUCAGCGAGGGGAGGAACAUUCUGGAAAGUUACUGCAGCUUCAUCAGAGAUCUAAGAGACAAAGAGAAAACACUGAAUGAACAGAAACAGCAGACCGACAACAGAAUCAUUCAGACCUACAACAAAUUGUUGUCCGAAGUGGAACAGAACCACAGGAAAAACUUGGACACAAUACAGAAGGAAAGGAUCAGAGUUUUGGCAGAUGUCAAUGAACUUUCUGCAAUCUGUGAUCAAGCAGAACAAGAAAUGGAGCAGGGAGGGGUCCAUUUUCUUAAUCAGGAAAACAUUCUGGAAAAGAUGGUGGGAAAGUACAGAGACAAAGCAGCACCAACUUCUGUACAAACCCAGCCUGCUGUCUUUCAGCCCACAGACACCCUUGCGUCACUAUCUUUGCCAAUCCUACCAGCACCUACAUCUAGUAACAGUGCAGCAGAGUGCAAAGAUCAUCUCAACAGUAACCAAGUGAAGGAAGAGCAUCUGUAUCAGAGGAUGACAUUUGGUGGAAGGGGAGAGGAAACUGGGAAGUUUGACAAUCCAAGUGGUGUCACUGUAAUUAAAGGACGGAUUUUUGUAGCAGACUUUUGGAACCAGAGAAUCCAAGUCUUCACCCUGCAGGGUGGAUAUGUCGAUCAGUUUCAAACAACUGUGUCAUCAGAUGAACAGAAGAUGAACCCAGAUAAUGUGGCAAUGUCACAGUUGGCAGAUGUCCCUAGGGAGGAUGAUGUCUUUUAUGUUGAGCCGGUGUUCCUGUGGAUGGUGGGCAGGACAAAAUGUGAUGCAUCCUUUGCUUUGCAGUUUAGAUAUUCGGGCUAUUUGUUUACAAAGGACGGAGAGAGAGAGAGCAAGAUUGACCUACAAAGGACAGGGUGGAUAAGAGGAGUUGCUGUGGACAACAGAAGAAAGCACAUCCUUUUUACACUAACCACUGGAGACAGGUCCAAGCGGCAUGGUUUAGUACAGGUGUACAAACCAGAUGGAAAACUACAGGGAGUUUUAGGUCAGCAGCAGGGGAUGAAGUACCCACAGCACAUCACUGUUGAUGAGGAAGGGAACAUUCUUGUGUCAGAUUAUGAUAAUCACUGUAUCUACGUGUUCAACGAUGACGGAGAGUUUCAGUUCAAGUUUGGAUGUAGGGGAAGUGGUGAAGGUCAGCUGAAUCGUCCAUGUGGCAUCUGUACGGACGAGUCAGGGAACAUCAUCGUGGCAGACAGAAACAACAGCCGAGUGGAGAUGUUUGACAAGACAGGAAGAUUCCUGAAACACAUCACUACAGACAUAGAGGAUCCAAAGGAUGUUGCUGUGGCACCACAGGGACAGGUGGUGGUGACUGACUAUUCAAACCACACAGUAACAGUUUUCACUCCUUCUAAGCCAGAGUAAAGAUGACUGUUGCAAUUUGAAAAUGUUAAAAUGACUGACAUACACAGACCAACUACUUCAAGAUGUGGGGUUGCGGGCCGAGGAUUUAAAGAACGCUAUGGGACGUCUGGAGUGGACCUGGUCCAGGCAACUAGCCCAUGAUGAUGAUGAUGAAAAUGUCAAUGAACACACACCACUAAGUGGAAUUGAAGCUAAGUUUUUUAAGAAUAUCAAUGGUACAUGAAUACAAAAAAAGAAGAGUUAAGUUGGACAAGAAAGUUGACAGCAAAAUAAAAUAGUGCUAAAAUUAAAACCAGCAUGCAAGCCAACAUGUUUUCCAGGACAUUAAAAUAGGACACUCAAACGAAGUAUAUGUACGUGCAUUAGAAUUCCACCAGAGACUGUACAACUUACAGUUACAAGUAAGUAUAAGGACUGUAUAUUCUUGUAUUCCUGUUGUCAUGUAUAGUAAAUGAUAUUAGUUGCCAUAUGCUUUAUCACAUUACUAUAGUAUUGAGUGAUUAAGAUAUCAUUAUUUGGUACUAGAGAUUGGAC